GAUUUUAGUUGUGAAGUGAAGAUGACAAACUGGUAGCUAGGCCGAGGCAGCUUCCUCAAUCUGAUCCCACCACUCAUAAAAACCAAAAAUCUUAACAUCAAGGUAAUCAUUCUCCCUUUUUCUAGCUGAUCCAUAAGCAUAUCCAAAAAGGAAAAAAAAAUGAGCGGUGACGAGAAAAACACAGCUGUAGUUGUAGAUCACCAGCAUAAUCAAUAUGGAACUUUCCAAGGAGUGGCCAACUACCCUCCUCCUCAACACCAUGGCCCCCCUGCUAUUGGGUUUCCCCAGCCUGUUCCGCCGCCUGGCCUCCAUCAGCUCUCUGCUCCUCCUCCUCAGUAUUAUUCUCAAGGUUAUCAAACCGUUCCAGGUUAUGCUGUUGCUGAAGGAAGACCUGUAAGAGAGCGUCGCCUACCAUGCUGUGGCUGUGGCCUUGGAUGGUUCCUGUUCAUCAUUGGUUUUUUCCUUGGGGCCAUCCCCUGGUACAUUGGAUUGCUGAUGCUACUCUGUGCGAGGGAGAGGAUGGACCACCGAGAGAAACCGGGAUAUAUUGCUUGCACAAUUGCUGCUGUUCUUGCUACAAUUGCAAUUGUCCUCGGUGUAACAAAGGGAAUCGACGACUGAUAAGUUAUUCCGAGCAGUGUAUAUGCCUUUUCUUGUAAGCUAUCAUUGUGAGAAUGUGUUAGAAGAAUCCGUGUGAACUACACAUAUAGUGAUGUUUGUUUAUCAUCAUUGCUCUUAUCGCAAUGCAGAUUGUUAAACUAUAACUUUCACAUAGAUUUAUAUUUAGCCAAAUAGAAAGUGCACAUUGUGUUGUGAUUGUGUUACAUGGUUUGCAA